CGGGCCGGGGAAAUCCCAUCCAAGCACAUUUCAGCAUUAGUGUUAGUGGUUACUAUCUCGUAUUUUGUAUUACCUUUCCUCUGCUACUUUGCUAAUUUAUUACUAAAAGAAUAGAUAAUCGAAUGUGGAUAUGGCUUUUUAUGUUAAUGAUCCAAUAUUCCAACAAGUGUCAAAAAUACCUAAUAUUGUUGGAAAAAUAAAUUUCAUACUCGAAUUUCAAUCGAAAUAUAUUGAUAAUCCAGGAAAACAUAUUAUCAAAGAUCGCAAAAAUAACAAGCAGUCUUCAGAUCUGAGGAUUAAAGGAAACGAAUUGUUUAUUUCGAAAAAAUAUGAAGGAGCUUUGGAAAUGUACACCUACAGCAUUGCUCAAGCUGAAGAUAAAUCAGAGAAUUUAGGCUUAGCAUAUGCAAACAGAUCUGCGGUUUUAUUCAGGCUUGAAUUUUAUGAAGAAUGUGUGAAGGAUAUUGAAAGAGCUCUUGAAAAUAAUUAUCCAGACGCCUUGAAACCCAAAAUCAAUGAAAGGAAAGAAAAAGCACUGAGUCUUAAGGCCAAACAGAAAAAAAUACAAUAUUAUCAGCCAAUGCCAUCAAUUAAUGUCAAUGAUAGGAAUCCAGUCAUUGAGUGUGCCUCAAAUUGUGUUGAAAUAAAAAAUGAUUUAAAACAGGGUAGAUGCAUAAUUGCUACAAGAGAUAUUCAGAUUGGUGAAAUAAUUGCUGUGGAAAGUCCAACUUACAGUAUUUUGAUGGAUGCAAAGUGGUGCCAUUGUCAUCAUUGUUUGAAGUUGUGUUACAAUCUGUUACCUUGCAAUUCUUGCACCAAAGCUUUGUUUUGUAGUUCAAUUUGCAAAUAUGAUUCUAUUUCAUACCACAGAUAUGAAUGUCCAAUUUUAGCCACAAUUGAAAGUUUGAAUCAUCAUUUUCUUAUUCCUUUACGUAUAGGAAUAACUAUGAGGGAUCAGUAUAAAAAUUUCGAGGCAGGAAUUGAAGAAUCUGGAAGUGUAUACAAAUCUAGAAGGUACAAAGAAAUUCAUAACUUGAUUACAAAUGAAGUGAACCGUUCGCCCGAAAAUCUAUUUGAAGGAGCUCUUCACACUGCUAUGUGUUAUACAAUACUUCGAGAUCAUACUGAUUUCUUCGAAAGUGAUGAGGAUUAUAAAGACACUUUUGUGGAGUUAAUAUUUCAACAUCUUCAAACUAUGACCUGCAAUUUUCAUGAAAUAGUUGAACUAUGUCCGAAUUCCGAUGGAACUUAUAAAUUGAUUAAUAUAGGUGUUGGUGCUUAUAAUUUUAUGAGCCUUUUCAAUCAUUCAUGCAUUCCAAAUGUUGAUAAAACCUUCCAUGGUAUUUCUUUUUGUAUGACAGCAGUUAAAACUAUCAGAAAAGGUGAACAAGUUUUUGACACUUACGGUUAUUAUUUUACUAAUGAUCCGAAAUCAGUGCGUCAAUAUAAUCUAAAACAAAACUAUUACUUUGAUUGCCAUUGCCUAGCAUGUGAAUACAAUUGGGAAACUAGGAACAAGUGGAAUCCAAGUGACGAUGAAUAUAGAUUUCUUCUAUUACCUCUGAGAAAUCAUUUAAUUGAAGUUGAGCGAGGAAAUCUGUCAAUUGCAAAAAAAUUCCGUACUGAGGUUAUAGAUUUCAUGAAAAAAAUCGAAAAUGAAAUGGAAGAGAAUAAACUGCUUUAUGUUUUCCAUAAUCUGCAAUUUAUAUUGAUGGCUUGUAAUAGAUGUUUUGGAAAUAUAAGGAGGUCCCUUGCUUAAUUCUUUUAUAUUCAUCAUAUGUUUUGUAGAACACUAAUUUUGUGAAUUACAUAUAAAGAAAUUAAAUAUUAUAAAUAAAUAUAAUACAAAGAAA